AUGGUAGGGUUAUUAAAGAAGUAUGGCAUCAACCAUAAAGUGCCAACGGCAUACCAUCCUCAAACAAACGGCCAAGCCGAGGUCUCUAAUCGAGAAAUCAAGCGCAUAUUGGAAAAGGUUGUGAAGCCUCACAGGAAAGAUUGGAGCUCUAAGCUCGGCGAUGCGCUUUGGGCCUACCGAACAGCAUACAAAACGCCAAUUGGUAUAAGCCCAUUCUGGUUGGUUUAUGGGAAUGCUUGCCACCUUCCGGUGGAGAGAGAGCAUAAAAUGUAUUGGGCCGUAAAAGAGUGCAACAUAGGGUUUGGGGUUGGGGUCGAAAGGAAGCUACAAUCGGUGGAGCUUGAAGAGCAUAGAUUGGAAGCCUAUGAGAAUUCGAGGCUUUACAAGGAGAAGAUGAAAGCGGUGCAUAACCAGCACAUAAAAAGGAGAGAGUUUAGAGCCAGAGAACUAGUUCUCCUCUAUAACUCUAGGCUAACGUUGAUGCCCGGGAAGCUAAGAUCUAGGUGGGAAGGCCCAUAUAGAGUAGAGAAGGCCGAACCAUAUGGGGUCUACCACCUAAGGCACCCUUCAAGCCCCAACAUCUUCAAAGUGAACGGCCAUCGGCUAAAGCUAUACCAUGGGGAGAAAAUGAAAAGCACCAAAGAGGUCGAGGUUUUCCUUCUCAAGGAUGCACCCGAAGGCGAGGAGAAUUGA